CGGUCUCUUGGCAACAACACAGACCGGCAAGAUGGCGAAUGUGACCAACAAAGUUUCCUGGUCCAGUAAGGGUGAUGAGGCUCGGCCCGGAGAGAGUACCCCGUUACUGAACGGCUCCCCCAGCGCCUCUCAGAGCCCGGCACUGCCCCGACAGCUUUCCCAAGCCAAUUUUUUCCGCAUUGACAGACUGACCACGGUGAAUCUAGAUGACGAUACAGUACAGGACCAGGAUGGCGAUCCAUCUACUUAUGCUUCCAAGGAAAUUCUGCAUAACGAAAACCUUCUUUCACUCAAGUAUGAGAGCCUUGAUUAUGAUAAUAGUGAGAACCAGCUAUUCAUGGAAGAAGAGAGGAGAAUUAGCAAAAUAGGCUUUCAUGUACUUGAAAUCAAACGAUGGAUUGUCUGUUGCUUCAUAGGAAUCUUUACUGGCCUUAUUGCCUGUUUUAUAGAUAUUGUUGUGGAAAAACUUGCUGACGUGAAGUACAGAGUAAUUAAGAAAAAUAUCGACAAAUCUGUCGCAGGAGGUGGAUUAUCCAUUUCGCUUGUCCUUUGGGCAUCAAUGAAUGCUGGUUUUGUGAUAAUUGGCUCCAUUAUGGUGGCAUUUAUAGAGCCUGUAGCAGCUGGCAGUGGAAUUCCCCAAAUCAAAUGUUACCUUAAUGGAGUAAAGGUCCCACAUGUGGUUCGACUUAAGACUCUGGUGGUUAAGGUGUUAGGCGUGAUUUCAUCUGUCGUUGGUGGACUGGCAGUUGGGAAGGAAGGUCCUAUGAUUCAUUCUGGUGCUGUAAUUGCAGCUGGCAUUUCACAGGGGAGAUCUUCAACCUUAAAGAAAGAUUUCAAGAUAUUUGAGUAUUUUCGCAGAGAUACUGAGAAAAGAGAUUUUGUGUCAGCUGGUGCUGCAGCAGGGGUUUCUGCUGCUUUUGGUGCCCCAGUAGGUGGUGUUCUUUUCAGCUUGGAAGAAGGGGCAUCCUUCUGGAAUCAAAUGCUGACUUGGCGUAUUUUCUUUGCAUCAAUGAUUUCAACAUUUACUUUGAACUUUGUCCUGAGUAUCUACCAUGGAAAACCAGGUGAUCUGUCAAACCCAGGGCUGAUCAAUUUUGGGCAGUUUCAAAGUGAGGCUAUCCAGUAUAAUUGGUAUGAAAUCCCUAUAUUUGUAUGUGUUGGUGCAAUUGGUGGCAUAUUGGGAGCUGUGUUUAAUCGGUUGAAUUACUGUCUUACAAUGUUUAGAAUCAGGUACGUUCAUCGUCCCUGCUUGCAAGUAAUUGAAGCUGUGCUAGUUGGGGCAGUGACUGCUACAGUUUCUUUUAUCAUGAUUUAUGCUAUAUACACCUAUGACUGCCAGCCUAUUGGAGAAGAUCCUGUUAAAUAUCCGCUCCAAUUAUUUUGCCCCGAUGGCGAGUACAAUGCAAUGGCCACAGCAUUCUUUAAUACUCCUGAAAAGAGUGUCCGUAGUCUGUUCCAUGAUUCUCCAGGUUCAUACAAUCCCCUGACUCUGGGCUUGUUCACUUUAAGUUACUUUUUUCUUGCCUGUUGGACAUAUGGGUUAGCAGUGUCCAGUGGAAUCUUCAUUCCAUCUUUACUGAUUGGUGCUGCAUGGGGAAGAUUGUUUGGAAUAUUUCUUUCCAACGUUUUGGCAGUCUCUACUUGGGCUGACCCAGGAAAAUAUGCUCUGAUGGGAGCAGCUGCUCAGCUUGGAGGUAUUGUACGAAUGACGCUGAGCCUGACAGUGAUAAUUGUGGAGGCUACUGGAAAUGUGACAUAUGGUCUUCCCAUCAUGGUGGUGCUGAUGACUGCCAAAAUAGUUGGGGAUUUCUGCAUUGAGGGACUGUAUGAUAUUCACAUUAAGCUGCAGAGUGUACCUUUCCUUGGUUGGGAGCCUCCUGAAAAAUCUCAUGCUUUAACUGCACGUGAAGUAAUGAGUUACCCAGUAACUUGUUUCAAACAACUUGAGAAGGUUGGACGCAUAGUGGACAUUCUUAGUGACACAUCAGCUAAUCAUAAUGGAUUUCCAGUGGUAGAUGAGGAUCAUGAGCCUGACAGUGAUAAUGUUGGAAGAUUAUGUGGGUUAAUAUUACGAUCACAGUUAAUUGUUCUUCUGAAACAUAAGGUGUUUGUGGAAAGGGCAACCUCAAACCUCACGCAGAGGAAACUUCAACUUAAGGACUUCAGAGAUGCUUACCCACGAUUCCCUCCAAUCCAGUCUAUUCAUGUUUCACAAGAUGAGCGAAACUGUACAAUGGACUUGACGGAAUUCAUGAACCCAACUCCAUAUAGUGUCCCUGGGGAGGCAUCGCUUUCUCGAGUCUUUAGAUUGUUCCGUGCUCUGGGCUUGAGACACUUGGUGAUAUGUGAUGGAUCUAAUGGGGUAAUUGGAAUUGUUACCAGAAAAGAUCUUGCCAGAUAUCGUUUGCAUAAAGGACAGCUGGAAGAACUUGAAAUGGCACAUACAUGAUUUCAUCUUGCACUUUUGUUCAGAAAUGGCAAUGCACUGAUGUUUUAACUGUUUUCUAAUUCUAGUUAAAACAUUUUAUUCACUCAGUAUUUUCUUGCACUUCACAUGAAUGGAGCCUUGUGCACCAGAAUAUUUUCUGGAAGGGAAGGGAAGGGUUACCGUAUUGUGCCAGAAUUGACUUGUUUGCACUGUAACUUGUUAAAACUUAAAAUUGUACAGUCUCCUAUUAAUGUAUUUUAUAAGUUCAAAGACACAUGCCUUGCAUGUUUUUCUGCUGUUCUUUCUGGGUCAUGGUAAACUUUGGCACUUGGGAAUCCGGAAUGCAAAUGCUCCUGUAUAAUUAGUUGAACCAUUCUGAACUUGUGGAGAUUCUAUUAUGUUUUGAGAAAUUCUGCUACUUUGAUUCUGAUGUU